AUGGCUCGUACGAAACAAACAGCCCGUAAAUCAACUGGUGGUAAAGCCCCACGCAAACAACUUGCUACCAAAGCUGCUAGCAAGAGUGCUCCGGCCGCUGGCGGUGUAAAGAAACCUCAUCGUUAUAGACCCGGUACC